AUGCCAUUCUUUAUCACAGGUAACACAGCAUUCCAGACAACAGGCAACUUGACCUCCAUUCAGUCAAACUCUUCUGCAAAUGAGACCUUUGUUCGUCCUGCAACAUUUUUCCUCAACGGCUUUUCUAAUGUUCCACAUGCAAAAUACUACUAUGUGUUCUUGUGUUUUGUAUAUGCUGUGACUGUUUUAGGGAAUUCAUUUAUCAUGUGUAUCAUUUAUUUGGCCCGCAGACUUCACACAGCCAAAUACAUUAGUGUUUUUCAUCUGGCCCUUUCUGAUCUGUGUGGAAGCUCGGCUUUGAUACCAAAACUCAUUGACACAUUUUUAUUCGAGCACCAGGAGAUUUCAUAUGAAGCGUGUUUGGCAUAUAUGUUUUUUGUGUAUCAUUUCAUGAAUCUGCAGUCUUUAACACUAUUUGUCUUGGCUUAUGACAGACUGGUUGCCAUUUGUUUUCCUCUACGAUAUCAUGCUAUUAUAACCAAAAGAGACAUGUUUCUGAUCAUAGGGGUUAUGUGGACUUUUUCUGUGAUUUGUAUUGCUUUAAUGGUGAGUUUGAUAACAAGACUCUCUAUUUGUAGUUCAAUUGUAGUCAAUAGUUAUUUUUGUGAUCAUGGCCCUAUCUAUAGACUAGCUUGUAAUGAUAAUGCCAUAAAUAUUAUCAUGGCAAAUAUUUGCUUUGGUCUCCUGGUAUGUAUGCCACUGAUAUUAAUAAUCAUCUCAUAUUUCCGCAUUGCUCUGGCUUUGCUUAAGAUUGCUCAUGGUGCGGAACGGAUCAAAGCCAUGAAAACCUGCACCUCACAUUUCAUGUUGGUAGCAAUUUUUUAUGUCCCACUUAUAGGUACUAAUAUUGCAGCUUUAACAACAUUUAUCCAUCCAAACGCUCGGAUAAUAAACAAUUCCUUAACUCAGAUAAUGCCACCUAUGCUGAAUCCCAUCAUAUACACUCUAAAGACAGAGGAGGUCAUGCAAUCCAUAAAACAACUGUACAAACGAAAGAAGGUGAACACUACUAGAGAAAGAAAGGUUAAAUGCAAAGAGUGA